AUGGACCAUGUUGUGUUGCUGCUGCUGUGUUUUGCUCCGGUGGUUCAUUGCUACAGCUCAGGUCUAGUUACAGAGAGCUGUGCCGACCUGCGACCCUACCACAAUGGGCUGAGCCCGCAGACAGGCCCAGCACCCUUCACCAUCAUGACGGACCGCAACAGCUACAGGCUUGGAGAGGAGAUCACAGUUCAGCUUCAGGCUCCAAGCUCCAAACCAUUCUUUGGUUUCCUGUUACAGGCAAGACAGGUGGGGCAGCAGUCUCCUGUGGGCUACUUCACCCAGACAGCAGCUGCUGCUCAGCUCCUCACCUGCAGUCAGAGACCUAAUAUCUCCAAUGCGAGCUGUGGUGUCACCAAGGUGUGCCUCAGUCAGCCUUCAAACUGUGACCCUGCAAUCAGUGCUGACUGUUAUUUCAUGUCAGCCAGCAUGUCUCCAAGUGAUGCAGCUGUCCGCUAUGAGAUAACAGGUCCUUCUGAUGGAUACAUCUCUUUUGGAUUCUCAGAUGAUCAGAAGAUGGGAAAUGAUGACAUUUACAUUUGUGGAAUAGGCAGUAAUGGUCUGGUGUGGUUGAAGCAUGCCUUUUCAACUGGAGAAAAGGCUCCACAAGUUCUUCCUCUGGGGAAUGUUUCUGAUGUAACCGCAUCAGUGCAGGGAAUGGUGAUCAGCUGUUCCUUCACAUCAAUGAAUCCUAUUUCUACUCAGAGGACCACUGGCUUUAACAGGACCUACUAUCUCAUGUUUGCCCAUGGACCCAGCAGCAACGGACAAAUCCAGUUCCAUGCAGAUGCUUUCAUCAGCUCUGACAAGGUAGAUAUUUCCAGACCUCAGCUUGUAAGAAUAGGUGGAUGGCCUAAUAUCAUCAAAGCACAUGGAUCACUGAUGCUGAUAGCCUGGAUGACCACGGGAUCACUGGGAAUGAUGGUAGCCAGAUAUCUGAAAGAAAUGGCCAAGGGACAGAACCUGUGGGGCAAAGAUGUAUGGUUUCUGGUCCAUGUUGCAGUGAUGAGUUUGACGGUAGCAGCCACAGCCAUUGCCUUCAUCCUCUCCUUCAUAUAUGCAAAGGACUGGUCUGGGGGUGCCCAUCCUGUUUUAGGCUGCCUGGUUAUGAUCCUGUCUUUCCUCCAGCCCAUAUUGGCUCUGCUGCGCUGUGGCCCACAACAUACAUUGAGGUUUCUGUUCAACUGGACUCAUGCUUUGAAUGCAGUGGCAAUAAAGAUUUUAGCUGUGGCGGCCAUAUGCACAGGACUGACGUUGAUUGAUAGCACUCUGGGCCAAUGGCUGAUAAAAGUGAUGGGUGGUUUUGUUGGCUGGGAAGCUGUCUUCUAUAUCCUGUUGGAGGUCCACUUAAAAUGGAAGAUUAAGAGAACAGAUACUUUGGAAUCUACUAUGAAAUCAGUUGAUGUCCUGCUGAUGAUUAUAUUCUUCAUGGGAAAUCUGGCCUUUUUGGUGGCAUUGUUGGUUGGAAUUGGAAUGUCAUAAGAAGAGCCAUGAUGUUGCAGGAAGUUUGCCAAAAAUAACACUACUGAGAGGUGGGAGGAGCCUAUGUCUAUGUUGAAGCUGGAGACUGAUUUUGAUACUGAUAGGCCGACAGUGGUAAAUGAGAGACCAGUGGUGGUGCCCCAUGUUUGGCGUAAGAUAUGUUUGGGCAGCGAGAGAAAGCUUAAAAGCGGGUAAAUAGGUCACACU